UUGUCAUUUUCCCAACGUUUUCGAAAACGAAAAAGCAAAGCAACGAGAAUGAUGCUUCGAUGAAAGCUAUGCCGCUCGUGCACCUCCUCCUCCUCCGAUCGCUGUCGGGCAUCAGAUCCGUUGUUCUUUUCCUGUCGCCUUCACAUCAGUUUCCGCAGCAACUGCAGCGCCAACUUACGGUGCCAAAGUUUCGAUUUUUAUUCCCUUUUUUGUUCCAUUCCCUCCUCUCUUCCUUCCUCUUGACGCUUCCCCCCCUGGUUCUUGAAAUACCCAUCCACGGAAUACCUGUUGAUGGUCCCAAAGCUUCGAUUUUCUCGCCACCCACCAACCCAGGAACGCGCCUGAGCCGACCCACUUCGCGUUCCCGCAAUGCACGACCGAGAUUUUGGGUUCCGGAGCCUGAUCAAGACCGAAGGCGCGAUCCCUUUUGUCCCCGGCGGCUUGUUUCUUGACGACGCCGUCCUCCCUCCGUGUUUCGUCGCCGCUGUUUGCGGGAAAGGCGGUCCCUUUAAGGAUUUGGCGGUGAGUCGUAGGAGGAGGGGGAAUUAUGGUGGAGUGAGCGCGAGGGGAGGAUUUGGGAAUGGGGUGUUUCUGUCCGUGAGCCUGUCGGUGAAGGGAAAUGAUGGGUAUGCGUUGGACUCUGCAAAGCUUUUGGGGAACAGUAAUGGAGAGAAAGUUGAAGGAGUCGAGGUGGAGGAGAAGGAGAAGGGGAAGGUGACGGGAUCGGGUGCUUUGAACACCACGAAGCAUCUCUGGUCUGGAGCUGUUGCUGCAAUGGUCUCAAGAACUGUUGUUGCCCCUCUUGAGAGACUGAAGCUGGAAUAUGUAGUAUGUGGUGAACGAAAGAAUCUUUUUGAUCUCAUCAAGACAAUUUCAGCUGCUCAAGGUCUGAAAGGUUUUUGGAAAGGAAAUUUUGUCAAUAUACUUCGUACGGCUCCAUUUAAGGCCAUCAACUUCUAUGCCUAUGACACAUACAGAAAUAAAUUGCUGAAAUUGUCUGGAAAUGAGGAAGCCACGAAUUUUGAGAGGUUUGUUGCUGGUGCCGCAGCUGGGAUUACUGCUACUUUGCUGUGCUUGCCGAUGGACACAAUAAGGACAAAGAUGGUGGCACCAGGAGGGGAGGCCUUGGGUGGUAUAAUUGGCACUUUCAGACACAUGAUUCAAACUGAAGGAUUCUUCUCUCUCUACAAGGGCCUGAUGCCUGCAAUUGUAGCCAUGGCACCUUCAGGCGCUGUUUUCUACGGUGUUUACGAUAUACUCAAAUCAGCUUAUCUGCAUACACCUGAGGGAAGGAAGAGACUCGAAUAUAUGAAGCAAGAAGGCCAGGAAUUGAAUGCCAUGGAACAACUAGAACUUGGUCCCAGUAGGACCUUGCUUUAUGGAGCAAUCGCUGGUGCAUGUUCUGAAGCAGCUACUUACCCAUUUGAAGUAGUGCGGAGACAACUUCAAAUGCAAUUACGGUCAACAAGAUUAAGUCCACUUGCGACUUGCGUCAAGAUCGUUGAGCAAGGUGGUGUUCCUGCCCUUUAUGCUGGCUUGAUUCCCAGUUUACUGCAGGUUUUGCCUUCGGCUGCUAUAAGUUACUUAGUAUAUGAGUUCAUGAAGAUAGUUCUCAAAGUGGAGUCAACAUAAAGAGCUCAUGAGCUUCCCAUCGAGGACAUACCUGGGAAAAUCUUGAGGAUAACAUUUAGACUUGUUUCAUUGAAAGGUGCUUUCUGGGGUUUCAGAAAGGAAACUGUUUCUUCUUUAGAACUGUCAAAAUUCGCCGAAAUUUCUAUGAUCAUCCUCAAUUUCUUCUGUUUUUGAAUGGUAAAAUGCUCGCAAUGAACUUGAAGCGAAGAGAGGAAAAUGUUUAUAUCAUGCUUACUUCCCUUAAUUUCUUACAUUAGGUUUAACAAAAAAAGCAAUUUCAGAUUGAA